UAACAACAUUAAAUUAUUCACAGGUUGCUGCUUAAAAUUGAAACAAACCCUCCUGAUCUCUCAUUUCUUCAAGCCCCCUCUCAGUUUCUCACCCAAAAGAUCGACUCCCCUGAGCUCAAAAAUGGUGAAAAAUGGUAAAACAAAGAGGAAAUAUCACAAGCCCACUAAACCCCAGCAUCACUCAAACCAGCCAGGAGCUAAAGAGGACAAGCCCACCAUUGUAAAGACACUACCAGCAGAUCUUCUACUUGAAAUACUCUACAGGACUCCUGUUAAGUCCCUGGUAAGGUGUAAAUGUGUUUGUAAAUCCUGGCUAGCUCUCUUGCAUCAUCCACAUUCAUACAAAUGCACCUUGAUUUCAAUACUUCAAGAAAUAACAAACAGAUUUUAUGCAAUACCACUGAUAUUGCUAAUUACGGUCGAAAAGUUGUGGCUUAUUUACGCGUAAAUGGCCCUCCAAUUCCUGUGCUCCACAUUGAUACAGAGUUCACUGUGAGGCCUAAUUACCCUAGGGUUAUCAAUUUUGCUGAUUUCUCCAAGAAUAUGUCUCUUGGGGGUUCUGUUAAUGGCAUUGUUUGUCUAGCUAAUUAUGCCGAAAUGUUUGGGCAGUUUGUUGCGUUAUGGAACCCUGCUAUUAAUUACUGGAAGCCCAUUGAGUUUUCAAAAAUGUGGAGUAGAUAUGAUAGGUUGGAGGACAUGUCGGUUGGGUUGGGGUUUGAUGGUGUGGCGGAUGAUUUCAAGAUCAUUCGCAUUGUUCCUGUUGCUCUCCCGCCUUACUUUGAGAAGUUUCGUUGGUCUCGAGUUGAAAUGUACUCUGCUAACCAGGAAAUUUGGGAAGAUGUUAGUAAGGGGGGAGUUAUUCCCUUCCAGCCCAAAGUAAGACAUUGUAAUUUUGUUGUGAAGGGUGUUCCGUAUUGGAUAGGGACUGAUGCACGACAGGAAGAUAUGGAGUCAUUUAUUCCUGAUCAGCUAGAGAUUUUAGGAAGAAUUGAUCCUUUUACGGGGCUGUUUAAGAAGAUCCUGUAUCCAGAACACAUUAAGAAUGGGCAUACUUUGGUGCAUCCUGUGAACUUGAGGGAUUCAGUUGCUGCUCUAAUUCAAUCACCUGGUGAGCUUCCAAACCAAACGUUUGACUUGUAUGUGCGCGAUGAAGAUACUGCGAAGUGGACAAAGAUGUAUAGUAUUGGCCCGUUUGAUUUUGAACGAAUGCGGAUUCCUCCUCAGUGCUUUAGCACUGGUGAGAUUGUACUGGAGACGUGGACAGGGGAAAAUAUUCAUGAUUCUAUAGACCGGACCACUCAUAUAUGUGACCCUAAAAAUAAUAUUGUUUUCCGUAACAAUGAGAUUGACGCGCUACAGCCAUUUUGGUUUCUUUCCUACAGUCACGUGGAGAGCCUGGUAUGUGUCAAGGGAAUGGUUCAGAUUGGGAAGGAGCGCAGAGACAAGAAGACUAACCCUAAGAUGAAGAAAUGGAUUGAAUUCUUGUCUAAAGAUUUUGAGUCGGCGUUGAAUCUUUAACUGAAUCUGCUGCUAGAUGGGUAGUGCAGACAGGAGUAAAGCAAGUUUGUUAAACAUUAUAUGCCUGAUGCUUCUUAAUGAUGUUACCUCAGUCCCUUGUGUAAUGACAUUGGUGAUGAACUCUUGUUUAAAUUUCAAUGCAAGUCAAAUUUCUAGCUUUGUAUGCACUAUGCAACUUUCCGCUUUCUGUGGAUAAAUGUUGGAUCACUGUAAACAAUACAAUGUUGUCGCUUGUUUCUUUACCCUUGUUCCAGUUUCUCAGGAUAUAUCAUAUUUUGCAUUCAAGAACUACAGAUCACAUGUUGUAUUAACCUAC